UGUUACAGCUCCGAGACCAUCACAACACCCUGCUGGACACACACACGACUCGCAUCCAAGGAAAAGGAGGUUUCAUAUUCACAAUUCUCUGUCAGCCUCUGAAUCUGAGUGAGCUUAAGCGAUAUGACCUCAAAUGAGGAGGACAAAGAUCCUGAUAUUGAGCUUUUUGUGAAGGCUGGCAGUGAUGGUGAAAGCAUCGGAAACUGUCCUUUCUCUCAAAGGCUUUUUAUGAUCCUGUGGCUAAAGGGAGUCGUGUUUAACGUGACCACUGUCGAUCUGAAGAGGAAACCAGCUGAUCUUCAUAAUCUCGCUCCUGGAACUCCCCCGCCAUUCCUUACCUUCAAUGGAGAGGUGCGAACAGACGUCAACAAAAUCGAGGAAUACUUGGAAGAGAUGCUAGCACCUCCCAAGUAUCCAAAACUGGUUGCAAAGAACAAAGAGUCAAAUACAGCGGGAAAUGACAUCUUUGCAAAGUUCUCAGCCUACAUCAAGAACACAAAGCCAGAAGCUAAUGCAAGUCUGGAGAAGGUGCUACUGAAAGCUCUGAAGAAACUGGACAACUUCCUUAACUCCCCUCUCCCGGAUGAGAUUGAUGCCGAUGGUACGGGGGAGAAGUUCUCCAACCGAAAGUACUUGGACGGCAAUGAAUUAACGCUCUCAGACUGCAACCUCCUCCCUAAACUGCACGUAGUGAAGGUGGUUUCUAAGAAAUUCCGUAACUUUGAGAUUCCAUCAGAGUUGACUGGAGUUUGGAGGUACCUGCAGAAUGCCUACGCACGUGAUGAAUUCACCAACACCUGUGCGGCAGACAGAGAGAUUGAACUGGCCUAUGAGGACGUGGCCAAGCGGCCGGGCAAAUGAACACGCACCAAGCAGUGACUCGUAUAAUCAUAUGCAAAACUGGUGAAAGAGAAAAGGAUUUUCCUUCAGCAGUUCUUGAGCAGAAUUUGCCAUAUUGGCUCAGUCCUGUGAUAUUCUAAACUGUUACUUGCCCUCGUCAUGCUUGUGAGUACUUCCAAUGCUAUCUCACGGCCAAUUCGUACAAGUGAGGUCGUAUGCAUUCGCACGAAUUAGCCACCUCGUAAUAAUAUGUACAAAUUGCUGUGAGAUCGGGUUGGUACUUCCAUUACUAUUGCCAUUAUGUUUACUGACUGUAAGUGACAUAAACUGCUCUAUUAGUGUCGCUAUCUCUGACGGUCUAGAAAAAAAAAACACUG